CUGCCGCACGGGACGGUGGCCACCCCGGUGUUCAUGCCGGUGGGCACGCAGGCCACCAUGAAGGGCAUCACCACCGAGCAGCUGGACGCGCUGGGCUGCCGCAUCUGCCUGGGCAACACCUACCAUCUGGGUCUGCGGCCGGGUCCCGAGCUGAUCCAGAAAGCGCACGGUCUGCACGGCUUCAUGAACUGGCCCCACAACCUGCUGACGGAUAGCGGCGGCUUCCAGAUGGUGUCCCUGGUAUCCCUGUCCGAGGUGACGGAGGAGGGCGUCUGUUUUCGCUCCCCGUACGAUGGCGCGGAGACCCUCCUGAGCCCCGAGAAGUCGGUGGAGAUCCAGAACGCGCUGGGUUCAGACAUUAUCAUGCAGCUAGACGACGUGGUCAGCAGCACUGUGACCGGGCCACGGGUGGAAGAAGCCAUGCACAGGUCAGUCCGAUGGCUGGACCGGUGCAUUGCGGCCCACCGGCAGCCGGACAAGCAGAACCUCUUUGCCAUCAUUCAGGGCGGACUGGACUCGGAUCUCCGGGCUACCUGCCUCGAAGAGAUGACCAAGAGGAACGUGCCAGGCUUUGCUAUCGGGGGCCUGAGCGGGGGUGAGAGUAAGAACCAGUUCUGGAAGAUGGUGGCACUGAGCACCUCCAAGCUGCCUAAGGACAAGCCCAGAUACCUGAUGGGGGUUGGUUAUGCCACUGAUCUGGUGGUCUGCGUGGCUCUUGGCUGUGACAUGUUCGACUGCGUCUUCCCCACGAGGACAGCGCGCUUUGGCUCGGCCCUGGUGCCCACCGGGAACCUGCAGCUGCGGAAGAAGCAAUAUGCAAAGGAUUUUGGGGUCAUCGAUCCACAGUGCACCUGUCCCACCUGCCAGAAGCACAAUCGGGCCUUCCUGCACGCCCUGCUCCACAGUGACAACACGGCAGCCCUGCACCACCUCACUGUCCACAACAUCGCCUACCAGCUGCAGCUCAUGAGCGCUGUGCGCGCCAGCAUCGUGGAGAAGCGCUUCCCCGCCUUCGUGCGCGACUUCAUGCGCACCAUGUACGGGGACGCCACCCUCUACCCGACCUGGGCCACCGAAGCCCUGGCCUCCGUGGGGAUUGAGCUGGACUGACCCGGCCUGUGGGAGGGUGGGCUGGAAGGGAUUAAAGG